AUGAAAGACAUAUUACCAAAAGAUGCAUGCACACAGAGCGAAGAAAAACAGUUUUGCCUACAAGAUAUUAACGCGAAAAAUGAAGAGGAUUAUGCUAGCAAAGUUAAUAGCCUACCUUACAUCUCCACCCAUCAUAGUGUAAGUAUAAGAAAGAAAAAAGUUGAGCCAGCGGGAUUUAUGUUUUAUAUAAAGUACGAAAUUGCUCUAUUAAAAGGGAAGAAGAAAAAGGCCAAGGAAGAUAAACACAUCCCGAUAGAGGAGAUAUUUCUUUAUAAAGAUAAAAUAGAUUACUUGAACAAUCUUAAGUCAAAGAAUGAGGAACUCCAUAGCGAGGGGGAUCAGGGUGGCGACUACAACAAAGACAGGUCCACGAAAAAUAACAGAGAUAAAAAUUACGAAGAUGAAUAUGAUGAUACCAACAAUAUGGACAGUACAAAUAAGAAGAAACAGGAAAAGGCAAACAAUAAGAAAAGCUCCAAUUUAGUGAAAAAAUGCAUAAACAAUAAUAUAAAUGUAUAUGAGGUUUUAUGUGUAGAGGAGGCAGAUGAUUUAGAGACCAUAAAAGCGUCUUACAAAAAACUUAUAUUGUUAUUUCAUCCUGAUAAGAACAAAGGCACGAGCUUUUUAAAUCAAAAGGAAAAGGAAAAAAAGAGGAAGAAGGAAAGGGAGAAGGGGAAAGACGGUAACAGAAACGAUGAUAAUGCUAAGACAAAAGGGCAACAUGGAAGCCAUGAGAAGAACGAAAAGGACUUUAUGUAUUACAUGGAGAAAUACAACAUAGAAAAAUUAACACCAGAAGAAAAAAAAAGCAUGUUUUUAAAAAUUCAAGAUUCCUACGCCGUCUUGUCAGACAAGACACUUCGAAAACAGUAUGACAGUUCCAUCCCAUUUGAUGAAUACAUUCCAACACUGACAGAGUUAGAGGAGGCCCCGAACUUUUAUGAAUUCCUCAGACCAGUUUUUAAGCGAAAUGCCAAGUGGUCAGCUAAAAAACCAGUGCCAGAUAUAGGAGAUGAACAUACAGAUAUAAAAAAUGUAAAAUAUUUUUACGACUUUUGGUAUAAUUUUAUGAAUUGGAGAGAUUUCUCAUAUCAAAAUGAGUACAACUAUGAGGAAGCGGAGUGUAGAGAGGAGAGGAGAUGGAUGGAAAGAGAAAAUAAAAAAAUCCAAAAAAAGGCUUCCAAGGCAGAAAAUUUAAGAAUUAUCAAAUUGGUAGAUUUAGCCUACAAUAACGACCCCAGAAUUAUUGCAGAAAAUAAGAGACUCAAAUUAGAGAAACAAAAGAAAAAAGAAUUGUCUAUUUUGGAAAAACAGAAAAGAACAGAUGCAACCAUAAAUGAAAUGGAAAAGGAGAGCCCACCAAACCAACAAAGCAAUGAUAAAAAAAAUAAGGACAACAAAGCAGCUGUCAAAAUUUGGAAACACCAUAUUAAAUCGCUGUGCUUAACAAAGUUAGCAAAACUUGUAGACGCCGAUUUAGUACAGGAAAAAUUAUCCCUUAUGCCGUUUGAAACCUUGUGUGAAUUUAUAGACGACAUAUAUGUGUUUCUCAAUUUUAACGUUUACAAGGGGAAUCCCCUUUCUGUAGAAAAACAGAGUGUCCCCAACGAUACCCAGGUUAGUAAGCAGUCACAAGGGGGGACAGAUUCAACACACAUUGCACAGGGAAAGAGUGAGGGAAGUGCCCUAAUUAACACAAAUAAUGUGUAUGAAAAUGGGUCCACUAACAUGGUAGGGACAAAUGGAGUUGCCAAGCAGGAUUCAAAUAACACAGUGAGGAAGGAACCCCACGAAUGUGCCGAUGCUGGCCCGUCCAACUACGCCGCGGGCUCCCCAGAUGGCACAGACUAUACGACGAAGGAGGAUAACAACAUGUUAAACGGGCAUGUCGCUAGGGUGAGCAUGAACCAUCAUAAGGAUAACUAUCUCUUAGAGAAGGACAAGCAAAACGGAGUGAUGAAUAGCAACAUCUCCUUUGACAGCCCCCCAUGUGAAGUUAACCACGUGCAUCACAGCAAAAUCGAAACAGGGGGAAAUGGGCCACGAGUGGAAAUGCACCCCAAUGGUAAAAAACGAGAAGGCGAACAGAAUGAGAACAAAGCAGUAAAUGCGGAGUUGCCCGACGGCGAUCAUUCCAAGAGGGACCCCUCUGAAAACAUGGACAUGCGGAACAACACCAUGAGCAGUACUACGUGUAGCACGGCAAGCAGCACGACGCGCAAGCAGGUGGCUAGCCAAACGGUAAAUCAAGUGGGGGGUCAAACGGCCAGUCAAACACAGAACAGCAACGACGGUGGAGGAAACAGAACCACCGGGUUUAUAGGUCACCUGAAAAACAUAGAACUGGGGGACAAAGAAAUCGAGUUGUUAAUUUUGAUAUUUAAAAAAUACGUGGACCCAUUUACCCGUGUUAUGGAAAAGGAACAAAAAAAGAACUCCGAGGAAGGCACCAAUACAAGGAACAAAUCCGAAAGGGAUGCACCCGUAGCAGAAGGGGGAGACAUGAAUAGUAGCCCCUCCCCGGUGCAUCAACAGGUUAGCGAAAAUGUAAAGCUAAUGAAUGAACAGGGAAGUGCUCACCUUUCCGAAAAUGACAAAAAGAAAAAUGACGAAUAUAGUAACACGUGCGGGAAAUGGACGGCCCAGGAAGUUUCCCUACUUGCGAAGGCAUUGAAAUCCUACCCAGGGGGGACCAGAAACAGAUGGGACCUGAUUUCCAAUUUUAUAAAAACCAAAAGUGUGAAAGAAGUUAUAAAGAAGACGAAAGAAAUGUUCGAAAAUGAAACGUUAAAAAAUUUAAGCAGAAACUUUGAAGAAACUGCUUUUGAUAAUUUUAAAAAUCAAAAUAAAGGAGUGAUGAAAAAAAUUGAUGACAAUUUAGAUAAGAGGGAUGUAAAAAUGACAGCUGAGGAAAAAGAUAAAUUAACAAAUAAAUCGGCAGAAAAUUUGACAAAUAAUUUAAAUGGCCACGCGGAGGUGAAGCGGCCAUGGACACAUCAAGAGCAGUACUUGUUGGAACAAGCGCUCAUGAAGCAUCCUGCGUCUUUACCGAAAAAGGAGAGGCUCCAGUUAGUGGCCUCUGAGAUAAAGACAAGGACGCUGGAGGAAGUUAUUCUCAGAAUGAAGACUCUCAGGGCACAGAUAUUAGCCAAGAAGGCGACAAAGUAG